AUGCGUACCUCCAAGGUCUCCCAGGACACCACGCGAAUCUUCAGCGCGAUCUCUCCCAAUACCCUCGCGUCAGGCCGCUCAACAAGGAGCGCAAAGAGACUCGCUUCCUUCGCCCUGGGAUACAAUGGAGAAGUGCAGUUCAAACAGGAAGAAACAGAAGACAGAGUCUCUGAGUUGAGCGUCACGCCGGACAUCGAAGAUGCCUUGCCAGCUGCGAAAUCCGUGGUCAGUGCGAGCAGAAAGCGGAAAUCGGGGACAACUUCGCCUGUCGCAGCAUCGGUGUCUGUGGCUACGAUCAAGCAAGAAACCACGAGCGUGUCGCCACGAAAAGUCAAGAUCGAGCCAGAGGACGAGGACGAGAAUGAGGAGGGAGAGGAUCAGGAGAGCCGGCCAGUCAAGCGCAAAGCGAAGGCGAAACCGAAGAAGCCAGCACGCAGACGGGUAUCGCCCAGCGGCACGGUGACGGUUGAGCCGCCGUCGAACUGGUCGGAAAUCUACGACAUCGUCAAAGCCAUGCGGCAGCGGAAUCCCACGGCUCCAGUCGACACGAUGGGCUGCGAGGACCUAUACUGGCGCGGCGCCCCGCCGAAGGAGAAACGCUACCAUACACUCACCGCACUGAUGCUGUCCAGCCAGACCAAAGACACCGUCACAGCGGUGGCCAUGCAGCGCCUCCACCGAGAACUGAUGCCGGACUCCAAGCCAACAACGUCAAUGGCGACACAAUCAGACGCACCAUUCGGCACGGCCGACGACCCGAAGCACCAAUCGCAACUGACGGUGUCGAACAUCCUGGCGAGCGACGCAACACACCUGGACGAGCUGAUCGGCAAAGUCGGGUUCCACAACAACAAGACCAAAUACAUCAAGCAGACGGCGGCGAUCCUCGCGGCACAAUACGAGUCGGACAUCCCGUCGACGGUCGAAGGGCUCGUGGCGCUCCCCGGCGUCGGGCCCAAGAUGGCGUACCUCUGCAUGUCGGCGGCGUGGGGCGAGGACCUCGGCAUCGGCGUCGACGUCCACGUCCACCGCAUCACGAACCUGUGGGGCUGGCACGCCACCAAAGGGCCCGAGGAGACGCGCCUCGCCCUGCAGGCCUGGUUGCCCCGCGACCGCUGGCAUGAUAUCAACAAGUUGCUCGUUGGCCUCGGCCAGACCGUCUGUUUGCCCGUCGGCCGUAGGUGUGGCGACUGUGAUUUGGCCGGGACCGGCUUGUGUAAGGCUGAGGUCAGGGGGUCGAAACCUACUGCUGCUGGUGGUGGUGGUGGUGGUGGUGGGAGGAGGGCCGUGGUUAGAAAGGCUGAGGUGGUGGAGAAGAUUGAGAUCGCCUUUGAUGUGAAAGGGGAGCAGGCGGGUGAUGCUGCUGCUGCUGAUGUCAAUGGACGUGCUAUCAAAGAGGAGGAAUGA